AUGACAGGCUUUUCCUUGGAAAGAUUAAAACAUAAGGUUGGGCGCCGAAUGUCCGAUCUGUCCGUUUUUGACUUUGCACCAUCAUCAGAACACCGGAACUCGUUAUCCAAUCCCAGUAUCAUAGUCUCGGAACCUGAUUCGGCCUAUAAUCGGCUUCGGGCUUCGUCUCUCUCCAUGAGCAAUACCAGCACAAGAUCACGCUCACGCAGUGUAUCAAAAAAGCAAGCGAAGGAGCUUAUUCGACAGGAAACUGCUGGAGUGGUUCUGAAAAAGCUUCUAACUAUUUUGCACGACUUGGGUCUCCAACAGCCGAUAGCCUUGAAAUCCACAAGUGGUUUGGGAUCUACCGGACCGACAUCAAAGCUGAUUAAAAUUCAUGUUUCCAACUCCAACGACUGUUUGUACUUGGCUCCCGCUUCUUCCGCUUCCUUUACGUACGAAGAUGCUGAAAAUGGUGGAAAUGAUAUCGAAGAAGAUACCGAUAUUUCUUUCACUGGGGAUAACAUUCCAGAGUCGUUGAACGGAACUGAUGAAACGGAUUCAGAUGCACCAGCAAACGAGUCUCUGCUGGUUUUGGAUCACACAAAUUUGCGUCCUUUCAACUCACCAAACUACUUAUGCACUAAAAUCGAUGCGCAUACCCCUGUGCCUCACGUAUUUGGUAUUAUUGUCGAACUAAUGAAGGAUAUCUGUGUAAAGAAUGUGAAGGUGGAUUUACUGUCAGACGUUCUGCUUUUAUGGCCAACUGGAGAGGGCCACAACCGCUUCAAUGUGAAGGAAAAGUUCAAGAUCGGAGCUCUUGAGUGGAAUCUAUCGUUACAGGAUGCUGAUUACUACAUCAACACCUCUAACUCUAAUGAUACUCGCUUCUCUCAUGUAUCUCCAAACGACUUGAAACGACGCACUCGGAAGUAUAAACUUGCCAAUGUUCACGAGCUCGCGGAAGGUACUGACCCUAUUAAUACGAAAAAAAGGAGCUUACUAUCUUUCAGUGAACCUUCACACGACUCUUCAUCCAGUUCCUCCUUUGAAACACACAAGGCAGGCCUCUAUGUGUUUCUUUUGCCUGUUCUUUUUCCUUCACAUAUACCGGCGUCGGUCACCUCCAUCAACGGCAUGCUAGCGCACAUUCUUAACAUCAGUGUAUCAAGAGUCUCCGAUAAACUUAUUCGCCGCAGUAAUGUUAUCGCAUCAUACAACUUACCCAUGGUACGGACGCCUCCAUCGUUGGCAAAUUCAACUGCGGAUAAACCAAUAUAUGUCAACAGGACAUGGAAUGAUGCAUUGCACUAUGUCAUAACAUUUCCAAGGAAAUAUAUUGCAUUAGGAUCAGAACACACAGUGAAUCUCAAACUUAUUCCAUUAGUGAAGGAUGUUAUAAUCAAAAGGAUAAAAUUUAAUAUUUUGGAGCGGAUCACCUACGUGUCUAGAGAUAUGUCCAAAGAAUAUGAUUACGAUAGUGAAGAUCCAUUCAAUUGCAGAAAUAAUAGGAAAAACAAAGAACGUGUUGUACCACUAUGUGAGUUGAAAACCAAACAAAAAAAUCUUAGUAACCAUCAAGUUGAACCUUUCAAAGAGGUGGUUAUUAAAUGUCCGGAAAACAAUCUUCUUUACUCAUGCUACGAAGCAGAAGAUGAUGGGGACCAUGAUCCGUUGUCCAAAAGAGAAUCUGCAGAUCUGGUUAUGAUCGCAUCUCCGCUUGACAUCAACGUCGCAUUGCCAUUCUUGACUACAAAGGGCGAUAAGGAAUUUAAAUCACCUUCUUAUGAGGAGCCAACGGACCUCGAAGGCAGAAAGUCAUUUUCAUCUCAAAGGAAUUCUUUCAGUCGAUCAAGGGCAGGCUCCGUACUGAGUACCAUGUGCCCAUCAUCACCUAUAAUUGGCUCUUUAGAAACUCAAAUCAGUCACAUGAAUGGAAUUUCAGGAGAUCUCGACGAGGACGUUUUAACGCUUCAAUCAACAGAAAUGGUACCGGAGGGCAGCCAAAGAAAUGAUAGCUACGCUUUAGGUUAUACAAGCGCAUCGAGGGCCCUUGCUCCAGACUCGAAUUUUCGUCAUAUUCAGGUCACGCACCGGCUCCAAGUGUGUUUCCGUAUAUCCAAACCGGAUCAGAAUGAUAAUAAUAGGAUGCAUCACUACGAGGUUGUUAUUGAUACUCCACUUAUUCUUCUUAGUGCGAGGUGCAGCGAGGAUUCUACCCAAUUGCCUAAGUAUGAUGAUAUUGAGGCUGGUUUUUCGCCUCCAACAUCCAGAGAAGUUAACUUCCGAAUGCCUUCAUUUAAUAGGAAUGGUGUGAGCAUACGACAAUUGGGAGAUGACAACUUUGAGCAAUUACCUUCCUUCGAAGAAGCAACUUCAACGCCUGCUUCUCCUAUGAUGAGGUCUGUUUCGCUUGGAGAUAACGCUCUCAGUAGAGUGAAUUCCCUUUUGCCAUUAGAUCCUGCACCCGCCUACGAUUCAUUACCCACGCCUAUCAACCCAUCAGAUAUUGGAUCGUCGUUGAGUAUUGACGAUUUAGUAAUUGAUACACCGAAUGCUAAUACAAACAUUCGGAAGAGUCUGAUCAAGGCUUCAUUACAGAGUUCAUUUGCACCUGUUCCCACUACGAGAUCCGACCCCCUUUCCGAAGAUUCACGUUCAACUAAUAGCAAAACGUCCCUGUCAAGCAAUCCUGAUGGGCUGUAUACACCCAACAUUUAUGGCCCACCAUCAAUCAAUCUGGGACUGGGAGAUGAUACUGUACUGACUUACUCCAGUAUUCACAUGCACGUAAAGCCUGAUUUGGACACAGAAACGAACGACAGUGGCGGGCAGGAUCUGGGAAUGAUCGCAGACCGGGAGAGCGGAGCCGGUGAUAUGUCUACGGACGAUGCUUGUGAGCACUCAGGCAACUCGUCUGCGAACGAGGCUGAGAGCAUAAUAACACACGAUACUAAUUUUGGCCAGAGGAUACCAUUACUUACAAAUGAGAGUGUGGACAGCGUAGCUAUUUCAACCGCACAGUGCACAGAUCACGAUCUUGCAAAGGCUCUGACAGACACACUCAACCGGGAUACGCGCCCAGUGGACAUGUAUCAUGUUUAG